AUGCUCGACGAUAUCAGCCAGCCAAUGUCCUUACCUCAGCUACCGGCUCUGACUUUACUUCCAAAACUUCAUGACCCGUUCUUAUCCCAUAAGUUACCAUCGCCUAUCUCUUUCGAACGACCACACGAGGUCGAUGCCCUGGUGAAGCGAUGCGAAGCUUCUCUUAGACGGUUAUCUACUCUGACCCACUCGUUUCAGCCGCUCGGUAACAUGUCCACGGUCACCCUUGUACCAAACCUCACCGACAAUCGGUUUGACGAUAUCAAAAAGACGUCUGCCAUCGUCACUGUUACUGAAUUGCAAGAGGAAUCUCGAGAGCCGUCUCGCAAUACUCAAACUAGCUUGAGGAAAACUAAGGCGCAAUCGAUUGAUACAAGGAAUAAAAAAUGGAAAGUUUCGAAACCCACACGACCAGUUCCCUCGAGAGCAAAUUCCGGACUAUCCAGAAAAUCGGGAUCUGCAAUAGGGCAAGCAUCUGAAGAUAAUAGGUCCAAGUGUUCUUGCGACACUUCCCUGACGAGGAGCAAAACUUCAGCAGCCACAUCCUUUUGUGAUGUGGCUAUGGGGGACCCCAUGUCACCGAAAAGAGUAGUUUCUCAAUUGAAUGACUGCAUUCCUUCUACACAACCAGAUGAUUCAAACAUAUGCUCCCUCCUGAGCACCGCGAUCAUUACGAGUAACGAAGUCCUUCUACAUUCUUGCAUAAACCAUCUCCGCAAUACCGCUGCAACCAAUCCUCUCAUAACGAUAAAAGCCAGUGCACCAUUUGCGGGUGAACGGCCAAAUGUUCCGCCAAUAGUAGCCGCACAAUUACGGCCUAUUCUCCACGAAGCCGUUCGUACUCUCCUUGACGACUACCCAGAUUACGAUUGUGGCGAGCCGUCCCAACGCUGGAACGAUUACCUAAACUCGGUCCCCACCCAAUUGCAGCAGUUAUUCGCAGCAGAAUGGUGCCGCUAUGUCCGUCGCAUCAAGUCUUUCCACGAAAACAGCCCCUGGGACGACUUUGAUUACGACCAUACCCAGUCUUGUCCUCAUAAAGACGGAUGCGAGAUGUAUACUCGCAUUCAAGUUCGUGAGGCAUGGAAUCGGUUUUGGAAGGAGUCUAUUCUUUCAGGAAACAGAUGCGUCCCCAAACCGAGCCAAGUCGCACAGUUCCUCUGCAAUUACGGCAGCGACGUUACCCCCCCUAAGCAUGCAAACCAGCCAAACAUCAACUGUGUUGCCGGCUUCAGGGAGGAAUUGGUACAAACUUUGGAGUGCCUUGGCGGUGACAAUGCCAGAUACAAUUGGAAGUGGCUAGGAGAUAGCCUAUUCAAGCAGCGCAAGUAG